GCGUGUUACUCUUCUUCGUUCACCACGUUCGCGCUUUCCGUCUCUCAUCUCGUUAUAGGCUAAAAAAGAAAAUCGAUCACACGACAAGGAACAAACAAAAGGGGAGAAAAAAACAAAAACAAAAAAAAAAAACAAAAAACAAAAAAAAAACAAAUUUCUGGCGCCAACUCUCUCGCGUUCUCAUCCGUGAUUACUGUUCGGCGGCUCUUGACACACGUUUACGCGCACGCGAAACAUAUGCGUACAUCACGCGUGUAACACAGAGAGAGAGAGAGAGAGGGAGGGAGAGAGACGGAGAAUCUCUGAGAGAGAAAGAGAGAUCUAUCUUGUAGGUGCCGCGGCGCGUGGAAGGAGUGGACGUCGGACUGCAGGGACGGAUUACAGGAACGCGUGUGUUGGGUGCUUUAAGCGGCGACUUCGAGGAGUAACACGUACUACAGUUGAAGGACGCACGGAAAACUCAAGAAUAGAAGAGCAGAAGCAGAGAUCUCUGGUCUAGCGAAACAAUAAGAUCCCCGAGAGAGAGAGCGCUUUGCGAUCGCAAGACAUUUGCUCGGUUGAGAAAUCAGAAGAGUUGGUUGAGCCACAGAACGUGAUCCGGUAGCUCCGUUAAUCGAGCGUGCAAACUACCAUCCAGAACAAUCUUCCGCCCGUGGCAAGACGACCGAUCGUACGGACGUCCUCGGUGUUAUCCCGGCGCGGGCGCUGCGAGCGACGACAACAGCCCGAAGAUUCUUCCACCGAAGACCAAGAUGCAUAUCGAGGUGCAGGUGGCGCUUAACUUCGUGAUAUCGUACCUCUACAACAAACUGCCGCGCAGACGGGUCAACAUCUUUGGCGAGGAGCUCGAGAAGGCGCUCAAGGACAAGUUCAAGGGCCACUGGUAUCCGGAGAAACCGUUCAAGGGCUCGGCCUUCAGAUGUCUGAAGACCGGCGAUCCGGUCGAUCCGGUGCUGGAGCGCGCCGCGAAGGAGAGCGGCGUGCCGAUUCAGGACAUCCUCGAGAACUUGCCGGCCGAGCUCGCCGUCUGGGUUGAUCCCGGUGAAGUGAGCUAUCGCAUCGGCGAGUUGAACGCCGUAAAGAUCCUUUACUCGGAAACCGGCGAUCCGCACGACGAGACCUCGGCCGAUCGUGAGGUCACCAAAACCUUCAACCCGGAAGCGCAGUGCUUCAGACCGAUCGAGGCCGUGAGCACGUCCCUGAGCGGCCUCAGUCUCAGUCCCAAGUCCACCUCGCCGUUCUCGAGCUCGCUUGGCAGCAACGCCAGCAACGGCUCGUCCAACAAUCAGCAGAACAGCCACGGAUCCGGUUCCUCAUCGGCGCCCUCGCCCACACCCAUCACCAACUCCUUCAAGGGCUCACCCAGUCCCGUGCCGGCUUUUAUUCCGCGCACCACCGCUCCGCUUACAUUUACCACCGCCACAUUCGCCCAAACCAAGUUUGGCAGCACCAAGCUCAAGACUAGCAGCAAACGCGCCAACAGAAUGUCGCCCACGGAGUUCUCGAACUACAUAAAACAGCGCGCGGCGAUGCAGCAGCAGAUCCACCAUCAUCACCACCAUCAGCAACAGCAGCAGCAGCAACAACAGCAGCACCAGCAGCAACAGCAGCAGCAGCAACAACAACAAGCGAGCGCAGCUGGCGCAGGUCUGCCGGUCUCGCAGAGUUCGCCGCGUAGUCGCAGUUUGUCGCCCGGUAGCAUCGUCGCCGGAGCCGGACAGCAACACACGGAUCCCAGCGCGUACUUCUUUCAACACGGACCUGCCGCGGCGGCCGCGGCAGCGUAUCACGCGCAGUUCCCCCAUCGCAACAUCUUCGAUUCGUCGAGCCACGGUGGAUACCUGCCGGCUGAUCUCUACGGCGCAAAGUUCCCGUCAUCGUACCUCGACCCGACCACGCUGGCCGGCCAUCAGUUUUACGGUGGCAGCGUGAACGGUACCGGUGCCGGAACCGGCGGCAGCGUCAACGGCACCACCGGUACCGGUACCGGCGGUAGCCAAAGCGCCGGUAGCGCCAGUAGCGCCGGCCUCGGUCCGAUCGGCUCGACGACCAACGGCAACGUGAAUGCCACUGGCGCUGCGGCCCAGCAACAGGACAAGAGCGCCCUGGUCGAGGGCCUCAACAACUUCGGCCUUGGCUCGGUCGCGCCUUACCCGGCCAGCCAGUAUCAGCAUCUGCUCGUGGCCAACUAA